AAAAUAUUGAAAAUGUAUCGUGAGAAGAAUGAUGAAUACAGAUCUUCAAGAUCUCUAACUCAGGAAUUCAGAAAGGAAGGAGUAGGGCCUGCAUAUUACAGUCCUAAGCUUCAAGGAAAAGAUAGUAACAGUCCAAUAAAAAUUCCUCCUAAUUUUAAGCUAAGCAAAAUUCCGUUUGGAUCAGGAGUAGACAGGUUUGGAGAUGAUUAUCUAGCAUCUUUCAUGUCAACCCCAGGACCCGGCUCUUACAGUAAUAAUCCAAAUAUGAGUAUUACUAAGCUCAGGCAGGCUAAAAACGCAUUGAAUUUAUCUCACUCUCGUACAUCUGAGAUAAAGCACAGAAAUAUUCUUCGAUCUGACUCUCCAGAUUCUUACAACGACAGCUUUGCUUACACUUCUGGAUCUUUCCACAAUAAUGAUUUCAAGCACAGCAGGCUAAGAAAGAAGGGAUUUAAGAAUAAUUAUAACAGAAAUUAACCAUACUUACUCAGAAGUAAAAUUAAGAAAGCCAAAUUUGAAAUAAGCCUAAGAGUAUGAUCAUGAUAAAUAAGAAUAACCAAAGUAUUAAAUAUUCCUUGACCGAUCCCAAGCUACGAAACCCAUCCAUUCCUUAUAAAAGAAAGCUGAAUGAUCAAAGAGAUCUUGGCCCAGGAUCUUAUAAUCCUAAAGACCGGAUCCUGCAGAGGAAUACGAAGACAACUAAGAUUUGUAACCCUGUUCUAGCAGAGCAUUAUAAGAAAAACAAGGAAUUCAUCCAAGAUCCUGGUAAAUAAAGCAUUAAUUGACCGAGCCAAGAAUGAAAGGCAAUUUUCACACUCAGCCGAAGAAGAAAAUAAACAUAUUUAUAAUACAAUAAGUUAUAACACAAUGCUUAAGGAGGAUGAAGUAGGGUCAAGUAUUUUCGUAUCAAAGACUAAGAGACAACACUCAGUCUCAUCCAUACCUGGUCCUGGCUCUUAUGAGAUAAAUAUACAAAAAGAAGCUCCAUAUAGUUCAGGAAACUUUGGCAGUAGUGUUGAAAGAAACACAAAUAUAACUAAGAAUGAUGCAAGAUUUCCCUUUACUGAACCUACGUACCUUGAAAACCCACCAGUGGGGUAUUAUAAUGGCUCUAAAUUUCCUAAAAGAUCUGCUGAUCUGAAGGCUGUUAAGCAAAAGCAAGAUCCAUCAAAGCUCCAGAAUCAAUUAAUCAUUAAAGGAUCUAGAACUACAAAAGAAGGUUUCAAUUCUACCUCAAAAAGAGAGUUGAAUCGCACACUCUACAACAAUGGUGUGCCAGGCCCAGGGGCUUACGAUCUAACCUUUAGAGAUAUCAUAAAAACGAUGGAUCAAAAAUUAGCUAUUCAGUAUCAGAUCUCUCCAAUUGGAAGUGGAAAGCCCAGGUUCACCUCUGUUAAUAACACAAUUGAUGUUAUAAAGGAAGACCCUAAUGAUCUGAGUGGUAUUCCUGCAAAAGAUAAGCAUCUCGUAUCCGACCUGAUGAACCAGCACUACAAGAAUAGAGAUAGCAACAAGAAUUCCUAUUCCUUUGCUUCUAAAGUGAGUCGGCUUCCGAAAUCAUAAAUUUGAAGAGCUUCUCAAAAGUUAUCAAAAAGCUUUAUUGGUAUGUUUCAAUC